UCUCUCCCUCCCUCUCUCCGUCUCUCUGGGGGUGGAGGGGUGUUGUUGACUUCUGAGUUGGCAUGACGAUCUGACACCCUGCCGUCCAUAGCCUUCUGUCCGUUUCCACGGUGACCUGAUCCCAUUCCGCUAUUCUGUUCUCCGAGUUCUGGACCUGUGGAGCACAGAGUGGAUAACCGCUGUAUACACACAGAGUGAGUUCAGAGAGAGGAGAGAUCUGGGAACGCAGUGAGGAUGCCAGUGCAGCAGAUCUCCGUGGUCCCCGCUCGGGAGAUGGCCAAUAACGGCCGGAGCGCCCCUCGCUCCAAAGACAAGACCGAGAGUAUUAAAGGUCCAGGUCGGUCAGGCAGUCGAUCCAGCAACAUCUUGAAGGCCAGCAGUUCUACAACAGGAUUGGCUCCUGGCAGUGUUUCCAGGACAACUCCCUCCUCUCAGGACAUCUGCAGGCCGGUGCCGCUGGGUUGUGUAGAGGAAGGUUGUGACACAGCAGUGAUGAAGCUGAGCGGCACGGCAUUAGGCUCCUCUCAGACCGCGUUAGGCUCCUCCCAGCAGGGCCAAACCAGGAAGAAGAAGAAACCAAACAGGAAGAGAGACUCCUGCUCCGCCCCCGAUGCCCCAGCGACCGCACAAGAUGACCCGGUCCAACACAGCUCUGACCGCAGCUCUGACCGCAUCGGAGAGAGGGCGGGGCGAGAGGCCAGAAGCUGGAGCAGGGAGAAAGCCAAGAGGGGACGACGACGCAGUGGGAGUAGCAGGGAGAGGGGAGGGGGAGAGGGGAUGGAGCUGCAGUCUGUAGGGUCUGGUGAGGGGAAGGAGAACCAAGAGAAAGAGGUUCCACAGGAGAACGGUUCCGGAGUGAAGAACCGGCGAUCAGGAGGAGGAGGAGGGGAGGAGAGCAGGCGGAGCUCCCAGCGCAGGGAGGAGGCGGGGUCUAAGUUCCGUAGCCCCGGCGGUAGCUCAUCAUUGGCUGAGGAUGGAGAGAGGGAGGGACAGAUCACUAAGAAUUACCAGGAGACCGGGUCAGUGGGUGGAGACAUGUCCGCGCCGUCGCCACAGAGAUAUGGGGGCUGCAACGCCCCCGAAGGCUCCGAUGACGAGCCAGAGGUCUGCAGGUAG